CCUGAACAAAAAAAAAAAAAAUAGGUAUCAAAGUGAAAUAACAGGGAUAGUUUGAGGGACAAACAAGGAUUAAGCCUUUAAGGUACUGUUAGAAUGAAUACUGAUUUCAUUCAUUUUCAGGAAAGCAAUAAGAAAUGGCAGCGCGGACUGUUACUCAAGGUCUCAACGUUUUUUCUAAAUUUUUAUCUGUUAAACUAUGGAACUCGCGGAUAAAGGAGGCUGUAAAUCAAGAAAGUGCCCAAAAAGCCCUUCUUCUCUUUUGCCAAAUGAAGCAAAAAGAUUUGGAACCAAACAACUUAACCUUUCCAUUCGUUGCAAAAGCUUGUGCCAAGCUUUCCGAUCUCAAAUGCUCCCAAUCUGUCCACAGCCAAAUCUUGAAAUCCCCAUUUGGAAACAACAUUUUCAUUCAAACAGCAGUGGCUGAUAUGUACGUAAAAUGUGAUAAAGUGGAUUAUGCAUACAAAGUGUUUGAAAGAAUGCCCGAAAGAGAUUUGGCGGCUUGGAAUGCAAUGCUUCUGGGUUUUGCUCAGUUCGGUUUUCUAGGUGAAGUUUUUUGUCUUCUUGAUGGGAUGAGGUUAGCUGGAAUCCACCCUGAUUCAGUCACUGUUGUGGGACUUAGUCUGGGAGUUUUGAGUGUGAAGAGUUUGGAAUUAGUUAGAGGAAUUCAUGCCUUUGGGAUUCAAAAUGGGGUAGCUGCUAAUGUUACUGUAGCUAACACUUGGAUUUCGGUAUAUGCCAAAUGUGGUGACUUGGCAUCGUCUGAGAAGGUUUUUGAUGAGAUUGAUGUGAAGACUGUCAUCUCCUGGAAUUCCAUGAUUGCUGGAUAUGCAAACUUCGAAAAUUUUCUUGAUGCUUUUGGUUUAUAUCGAAGGAUGUUAGUAGCAGGAAUUAGGCCUGAUGCAAGCUCUAUUGUCAGCUUGAUUUCAUCUUGCGUGCAACCAGAAGCACUAUUUCAAGGAACGCUAAUUCAUUCUCAUGGAAUCAAAUUGGGUUGUGACUUGAACUUAUCUGUAACCAAUACCCUUAUAUCCAUGUAUUCCAAGUGUGGAGAUGUUAAUUCUGCAAGACUCUUAUUUGACUGCAUGUCUGAUAGGACACAUGUUUCGUGGACUGUUAUGAUUAGUGGAUAUGCUGAGAAAGGAAAUAUGGAUGAGGCAAUGUCCUUAUUUUUUUCAAUGGAAAAAGUUGGUGAGACACCUGAUUUGGUUACUAUACUUUCUUUGCUUUCAGGUUGCAGCAAGACAGGGUCCCUUGAGCUUGGAAAAUUAAUUGACAGUUAUGCCAAAUCUAAAGAGUUCAAAGAUAAUAUAAUGGUUUGUAAUGCUCUAAUAGACAUGUAUUCGAAAUGUGGUAGUAUAGUUGAGGCUAAGGAGGUCUUUCAUGCCAUGCGUGAGAAGACUAUUGUUUCUUGGACUACCAUGAUCUCUGGUUGUGCUAUGAAUGGACAAUUUGAAGAAGCUUUGGACCUUUUCCAUCAGAUGAGGAGUUUGGGCUUGAAACCUAACCACAUAACGUUCCUUGUUGUCCUUCAAGCUUGCACUCAUGCAGGCUUUCUUGAUAAAGGAUGGGAGUUCUUCAAUAUGAUGACCAUAGUUUAUGAUAUCAGUCCUGGAUUAGAUCAUUAUUCAUGUAUGGCAGAUCUUCUUGGACGUAAAGGUAAGCUAAAAGAAGCUUUGGAGUUUGUUCUAAAUAUGCCAAUUGAACCAGAUGCUGCCAUACUGAGUGCAUUGCUUAGUGCUUGCAAGGUUCACCAGAACAUUGAGAUUGGUAAGUACGUAGCAAGUCGUUUGCUUGAGAUGGAGCCUCAAGAGGCUGCCCCAUAUGUGGAGAUGGCAAAUAUAUAUGCAUCAACUGGAAAGUGGGAUAGAGUUGCAAUGAUAAGGUUAUUGAUGAAACACAACAAAGUGAGCAAAUCCCCUGGGGAAAGCCUCAUUCAGAUUAAUGGAAAAACACAUAGAUUUACUGUUGAAGAUAGAAGUAACUCUGAAGGUGUGCUUAUAUUUACUUUGUUGGAUGAUUUAGCAUUGCAAUUAAAAGAUGAUGGAUAUCUUCUGCAUUUGGGGUAUAUUCCAGAAUUUGAAUUCAUUUGACU